GCAACAAGCCCGCCAGCAGCAGAGGCGGCAGCUGUCGGCGGGCGGAGCUCCCACUCCCUGGCGCUGCAAGCGGGCGCCGCUCCCGGGGGCCUCCCGUCGCCUGCUCCCCUUUCCCCGGAGACGGGGCGGCAUGGCCCCGGGCUGGGCUUCAGGGAGCGCCCUGUUGCUGUUGCUGCUGCUGCUGCUCUCCCUUAGCCGAGAGGCGCUGGCAGUAUCAUUUUACGGCGAAAGCUAUGUGCAUUUAAACAUUGCCGAAUCGUCCUCAACAACUUCACUGAAAUUACGUUUUCAAACAAGCAGACCAGAUGGGUUACUUUUUCUUGCUGCAGGAAAAGACAUUUAUUUUUUGGUGGAACUACAUUCCGGAAAUGUGCAGGUGAGAAUCAAUCUUGGAGCAGGAGAACAAGUCCUCCAUUCCCAAGGAAGUUCCCAGCUGAAUGAUUUAACGCAGCACCUUAUAGAAGUCCAUUGUGAAAGAGAUAACGUUAUCCUGGUGACUAACAAAAAGGAUCAAGCUGCCACAAAAUUGCCCGGUGUCCUGUUUGAACUAAACUUUCAACACGGCCUCUAUGUUGGCGGAAGUGGUGACCUUGAUGUUCCUUACCUCAGUGGCGCACAAACAAAUUUCCGCGGAUGCAUUGAAGAUGUGAUAUUUAACCAGCAUGACAUCCUGUCAUCCCUGAGACCUUCUCCUAGGUUUAAAAAUGUCCACGAAGUGUCACUGGGCUGCAGCGAUGAAUUUUUUGCAGGCGAAGAAGAACCUAUUAGUUUCUUUAGCUCGAAGUCGUAUGUUUCUUUUCCACUUUGGAACACCCAGACUGAAAGAGUCUUUGAGUGUACAGUGCAGACCACAGCUCAGAGAGGCUUGCUGCUGUACAGUUCCGGUCCAGCAGGAGACUUUGUUGGAAUGGAAAUUGAAAAUGGUCUAAUUAAAGCUCAUCUUGGAAAGGGAAAGAACAGAUUUCAGCUUUCUUCCCUUAGCCCUGUCAAUGAUAGCCAGUGGCACUCUGUCAAACUAAAAAUCUCUGCAAAAUAUAUUGAACUCGUGCUAGGCAAGGAAACAGUGAAAAAAUCAUUACCCUCGCACACUAAGCUUCCUGUCCUCAAGGAGGCCUUUUAUAUAGGUGGAGUAAAUGAUAUUAUCCGUGCCAGAGUGCUGAAGCUGGGGUUAACCUCACUUGCUGGGAGAUAUGCUCAAGGGGGAUCAUUCAGAGGCUGCUUGAGAGAUUUGAAAAUUAACUCGGAAAGGAAAUCCUUGAAGGAUGUUCUUGUGACUAAGGAUAUUUCACCAGGAUGCAAAACCAAGAGCGCUUUUAGUACAAAUCCAGUUGUAGCGGCUGAAAAACAACCUGUUGGAACAGCAGCUUCCAUGUCUGCUGUCAGUGCUGUAGCAUCCAAACUCCAUGGGAAAGAGAGUCACGACCACUUUGUAGUUGUAAACAACUUGAUUGUUCCAGAGGGUGGGCAAGCAGCGCUUGAAUCUAAGCACAUUAAAGUCAACGUCGAAUUCAAGAAAUUAGGGAUUCGGCAGUCGCAAAUCCUUUUUAAAGUUAAAGACCAGCCAUCUCAUGGCUAUUUGAGGUUGGAUGUUGAGUCAGAGCAGGAAGAGUCUACAUUCACCAUGCUAGAUUUAUGGCAAGGCAGAGUUCUGUACGUCCACGAUGGCUCUGAGGAAAGCUAUGAUUAUUUUACUUUCUCAGUUUCUACGAGCAGUAAAAAAGAGAUGCCUCCAUAUUUGCAAGGAAACAAGAACUACAUGUUCACCAUUACAGUGAAGCCAAUAAAUGAUGCUCCAGAGCUCACACUCCCCAAUGGAAACUUGUUUCUUCUUUUUGAGCACUCAAAGAAAUGCCUGGGUGUAGAUGCAAUAAAUAUUUUGGAUGAUGAUACAAGUGCUGCAGAUCUCAGUAUUACAGUCCUGAAUGCAGAUGCUGGAUUUCUAGAAAAUUCCAAGAUGCCUGGCAAGGCCAUUACUGCCUUUCCUUACAGAGACUUACAAAAUGGUAAUGUUUUCUUUGUCCACACUGGAGCCAAGAACUCCAGGAUUGUUCUGCGAGCGAGCGAUGGGGAAAAAGUCAGCAACACGGUUGUGUUGCGUGUCAUGGCAGUUCCCUUAGAGUAUAAGUUGGUCAACAACACGGGGGUGGAUACGCUACAAGGCGAAGCAGCCUUGAUCAGACCCAGCAAUCUGGCCAUCGAAACAAAUGCCUUCCAACAAGAGCUGGAUAUACGAUACGAGAUCACAGAGCCGCCCCGUUAUGGAGAAGUUCAGAGACAGCAAGCCGGUGGAGAAUGGAAAGAGGCAAACUCUUUUUCUCAACGCUCCAUUGAACGUGGCCGCGUGAGAUAUGCUUCUACCUUCAAAGAAAUUCUGCAAGAUAAUCCCCUUGAACACUUUAAAUUCAAAGUUAGCAUUGGCAGCAAAAGAAGCGAAGAGUUUCUGUUCCCGGUCAUGGUGAAAUGGUUGAGGUACAAUUUAUUGAGACAUGUGCCACUAGUAAUUGACAAAUCAAAGAGGGAGUACCUUAGCUCAGAUCAUCUUCUUGCUGUGAUAGGAAAAGUAGAAGUGCCAGGAAAUGAACUUUAUUACAAGUUGCAGUCCUUGCCUGAGAAAGGAAGCCUUCUGCUUUAUAACACACCUUUGCAAAUAAAUUCAACAUUUAGCCAGCAGGACAUUUCUGAUUAUAACAUAGAAUAUCAGUUAACCGAGUGGCCCCGCGAAGAAACGGAAGACUCGUUUCGAUUCUUAAUUUCUACAAAAUAUGUGGAAUCAAAUAUCUAUGAUUUCAGAAUCAGCAUUAAAGCAGACCCACGGAACAUUCUUUUGACAAACAAUGGCCUCAGUGUUACUGAGGGUGAAGGGAAACUGAUCACGAAAUCAGAAUUAUUUGCACAAACCUUCUCCAAUAAGACCUUCCAGUAUAAAGUUACAAAGAGUCCACGUCAUGGAAAGUUGAUGCUUAUUAAUCUUUCAGAUUCCCAGGAAAGUAACAAUAACAUUAGCAGUUUCACAGAUCUGGAUAUAGUUGGUAGAUAUCUCAUGUAUGUACACGAUGAUUCUGAGACGCAGUAUGAUGAAAUCCAUAUCACAGCAACUGCCAAGGAGUCGGAGGAACAGGUGAGCUCAGACCCGGAAAUGGAACCCCCUUUAUCGGCAGAGAUCAAAUUUAACAUUUCUGUCCAGCUGAAAAAUGAUGAGAAACCACUUCGUGUCAUAGAUAAGGUAUUUCAUGUUGUUAAGAAUGGAAGGAAACUGCUGACCUUGGCUGACCUUUGCUACCAUGAUCCCGAUACUGAUUUUGAUGAUAAUCAGUUAUUGUACACCAGGCGUGGCAUUCCUAAUGGAGACUUGGUUUUCGUCAAUGAAACGUCUCGUAGGCUGUAUCAGUUUAAGCAAGAGGACCUGGCACAAAGGCGAGUCCUGUUUAUGCAUCGUGGGGCAGACUAUGGUCGCUUUGUGCUGUUUGUAACUGAUGGGAAGCACUAUACUUCCUCACUUCUUGAAGUAAGUGCUUCUGACCCUUACGUCCGUCUAGCAAACAACACUGGGUUAUUGAUCCAGAAAGGACGAGAGGGAGUGAUCACCACAGCUAACUUGAGCGCUGCCACGAACCAAGAUAUUAGAAGUGAACACGAAAUUACGUUUGAGAUCUCUUUACCUCCAAAGUAUGGACAGGUCUUGGUAAAUGAUUUAGCAGUGGGCACUUUCACUCAGCAUGACCUCAAAGUAAGGCACGUGACGUAUAGACAUGAUGAUAGUAACAAUUUGGUUGACACGUUUAACUUUACAGUUUAUGCUAAAGGUGCCCAGUUGGAUGCCGAAAUGAACAUCCGCAUAUUCUUGGAAAGUCAUCAGCGUCCACCAGUGAUCGUAAAUAACGUCAGACUUUUGGUUGAGGAAGGGAAACCAGUCAAGAUCACUAAAGGGAAAUUGCUGGUCGUGCAUGAAAACAGUUUGCCAUCAGAGAUAGAGUUCAAAGUAAGGUCAUCUCCAUUGUAUGGGUACCUUCGGAAGUUUGCAUCAGAGGAAGGCUACCUCGGAGCAGAAGAAAAUCCAGUUUUGUCCUUCAACCAGGAAGAUAUCAAUGAUGGUAACAUCCAAUAUGUGCAGACUGUCUCUGGCCAACUCCAAGACUGGCUUUCCUUGGACGUGACCAAUGGAAUUCGGGGACUCAGUGGAAUAGAAAUUGCUGUGGACAUCAUUCCAAAAGUGAUCCCAUUAGAAGUACACAACUUCACAGUCACCGAAGGGGGUUCGAAAGUCUUGGAUGAAGAUGUUAUAAAAAUCCCUAAUAGCCAUUUUGCAGGGCUCAAAUGUGAAUUUGGUUUGAUUGAGCCACCAAAACAUGGGCGGAUUGCAAACUCUAACUUUCCUGGAAUGGCACUGUCUCAAUUUACCAGAAAACAGCUAGAACAAGGAUUCAUCUUCUAUAUUCAUGAUGAUAGCGAACAGCUACUUGACAAUUUCACCAUCAUAGCAAACAGCACAGAACUGUGGAAGCAAAGCUUGCCUCAAAUGGUAUUUGUGACUAUUUCACCAGUAAAUGAUGAACCCCCUGUUAUAAGGCGAAACAAAAUACUUCGGGUCUGGGUGGGAUCAGUCACUGAAAUAACUGUGAAUGACCUCUGUGCAGAAGAUAAAGAUUCUUCUCCCGCAGAACUCUUGUACUCUAUUUCUCCUCCAAGCAAUGGUCACUUGGCACUCAAGUCUUCUCCAAACAAAAGUACCCUUAAUUUUACCCAAGCUCAUAUUGAGGAAGGACAGUUAGUGUUUGUCCAUAAUGGGGCCAUGUCUGGAGGCUUCAAUUUUCAAGUGACAGACGGUCUGAACUUUGCACCUCGACAAAUUUUUAGCAUCACAGCUCGAACUCUGGUUAUUCGCUUAGAAAAUAACAAUGGACUGGCUGUCUUUCCAGGUUCUAAGAAACCCAUUACAUCUCACCAUCUAAAAGCUGUCACCAAUGAAGUAGCUGAGUCGGAAAACAGAACUAUACUAUUUACUGUUGCAAAAUCCCCGAAACUUGGAAGACUCAUCAGUGUCUCUGGUAAUAGCACACAGGAUAUUACAAGUUUUACGCAAUCCAUGGUAGAUGAAGGGAUGCUCAUCUAUGAGCAUGCAAAUAAGGAGGCAGUUUAUUGGAAUGCACAGGAUUAUUUUACCUUUACAGCCUCCUCUCCACCAGCAGCUCUGGAUCCUCAGGUGUUUCUCAUUAAUAUUUCUUACGAAAUUAAAGGACAUGAUCGGACCACUCAGCUACUUGCAAAUACAGGUGCUGUUGUCCAUGAAGGAGGCAAGGUUUUAAUUGACAAAACUAACCUAGAUGGUUCAAAUUUGCUCUUUAAAUUACCCGAGACACAACGUUCUGCAUAUGAAGUAUGGUAUCAAGUGAUAUCAUUGCCCCCGCAUGGCAGAAUUGUGGUGGGAGAAAGAAACAUUACUAGGGAGAAACCCAAUUUCUCCCAAUACAUCCUUAACAAAUUUGGAAUCACCUAUAUACACGAUGACUCUGAAUCACUCAUGGACCAAUUUAUUUUUGCUGUGUGGCUAAACCAGAAAGGCAAGUCUGCAAUGAAACCCGAUUCUGGUGUUUUAGAAGAGACAUUUAAUAUCUCUGUUGUGCCCGUGAACGACCACACUCCAGAGCUAAAGACAAAGCAGCUACAUUUGAAUGUUUUACAAGGAGAUACAGCAGUUCUAGGACCAGAAAACCUGAAAGUGGAAGACUUGGAUAACACCCCGGAAGAGAUCAAAUACACUAUCAUAAGCAAUCCCCCAAAUGGCUACCUAGCAUUGCAGACUCAUCUCAACGAAUCCAUCAAGGAUUUUACACAAGCUGAUGUCGAUGGUGGCAGAGUUUGGUUUGUGCAAGAUGGAACUUCUUCCUCUGGGGUCUUCUACUUUAGCGUGACAGAUGGAAAACACCGUCCACUGUACAAGCUUUUUAACCUUGAGGUGACACCCAUGUCCAUCACCUUGGUCAACCUCACAGAGGUGGUGCUUUCACAAGGGCAGAGCAGUGCUGCUAUUACAAAUGUACACCUUUCGGCAACCACAAAUGGGAGAAACACUGAGAUCAGUUUUGAAGUAACAGAACCCCCCAGAUAUGGGCAUUUAUUGAUCGGCAACGAGCGCGUCACCAAGUUUUACCAAGCCGAUUUAUAUGCAAGUAGACUAGUGUAUUGUAUGACGGACCUCACCGCAACUGGAGAUAGGCUGGAAUUCACGGUGCACACAUUGGACAGGAAUCUAACAGGACAAGCUAUGAACAUCACGAUCCAGCCUCUUGUGCGAACGGCACUUGGCUUGAACAUUCCAAAUAGGGUGGCUUACCAGCUAAAAGCCAGAGACCUGGAUGCUUCGCAGCUGGCAAACUUGACAAACAGCAACCCCAAGUUUGAAGUGAUGGUGCCUCCAGCUUAUGGGAAAGUCCUAAGGAGGUCAUUAAGGAAUUCUAAAAGUGAAGCUGUAUUCACACAGAGCGACAUCGACAAGGGUGCUAUAUUCCUUGAGGCAGAUGCCAAUAUGACAGGGGUUGAUGUAUUAAAUGAUUCCUUCACAUUUGUACUCAGAGCAGACAAAGUUCAGCCUGCCGUGGGCCAGUUUCACUAUGCCAUAGUGCCGCAUGAUCCCUCGCUGAUUCAGAUGUUUACACCGGAAGUGCCUCUCUUAACCACUAGUGCAAACAUUUUAAAGACUUACACCGUUACAAAAAAGGAACCUGUGAUUUUUCCAGAGGGUGACGGGCACACUGAAGCACCAAACCACACUCCGUGGCAUAACCAAAAUCACCAGGGGCAUCAAAACAAUAAAGAGGCAUGGUUUAAUGAGGAGGUUGCAAGAGGCAGAUCUGCCUGGACCGAGACCACCAUCAAAACAAGCUCCAGAAGCACCUGGAUUCAGCCCCCUCAUAGCAGCAACCGACUGCUCAUCAUUGUACCGCUCGCUGCUGUGGCAGUUCUGUUCAUUGCGAGUGCGGUGGCCGUUUGCGUCUUCCUAAUGUGUCACAAUCCCAAAAAGACCAAGCCUCUCGUUGCAGGCCAGCCACCAGCAGCUCUCAGCAGCCCAGGCUUUUGCCAGGAAAGGCGUUUGACUGUCCCCGUGGUCACAAUGACACCCCUGCUAGAAGGUGCAGGCAAAACAACCACCUGCCCGUUCAUGGCGGUCAGACGGGAGCAUCUUCAUCCUGUGCCAGUUGCCCCAGCUCCAGCCAAAGAAAGUCUUCUGCAAAGCAGCUGGUCUAGACUUGACCCGGAAAUGAUCCAGCACUGUCGGAAAACCAACCCAACUUUGAAGCGCAACCAGUAUUGGGUCUAGUGUGCCAUUGCAUCAACUGAGGAACAUGUGGGCUUCUGCCAUUUUGACACUGGGUUGCUUUUGAUGGUGUGUAUUUAUUUUAGGUUAAAAUAUGCAUUCCCUGGUUGUUGCCUCGUUAGAAGCCCUGGCAGGUCAAGUGAAUAUCUUAGUGGGCUUUCAGCUAGAUCGGGGUUGGAGAACCUCAGACCCUGGGGCUGAAUGUGGCUAUCCAGGCAACUUUACCUGGCUUCUGGGACUCUCCCCAAUCACCCUCCUCCCUGAGUCUGUUUGCCUGGCUAGAAUGGGUCCUUGAACUCUGAAAAGUUGUCUGGAUGGAGGGCAGAGAGGGAUGUGUGAGGAUGUGUAGAAACAAACAUAGGACUCAGCUACGUUCGUAGAUAUAAAGCGCUUUAUAUGUGUUAACAACACUGUGACGCCAGAUGGCACUGUGGAGUCCCGUCUUUCGCCAACGGGAUUUCCCUGUAUGAAGUUUACAACGCGUUUAACUGAAUUGCUUCUUUGAUGUGUCUAGAUCCAGCCCUAGAGAUGUAAAAUUAGCAUGCCUUGUUCCACCCACGUCCCUUCCUGGCUCCCAGCCACCACUGGCAUGCAGCCCAGAAGGGAAGGUGGCUUUUUAAAGGUAACCCACCCCUGAACUAGAUACUUAAGGUCCAAUCUUGUUGGUCAGUGCACAAGCAAAAAACCCCCAGAAAGAGGCACAGGGGCCACUUCAUCCCACUUUGGGUGGCUUGGCAGUAUUGGGGGAAUAUCUAAGAUGAUGUGCCUACUUCCCAACAUGCCUCAGUGCUAUUCUGCUUGGAGCAGCUGGUAUUUCCAGAGUUAGUGCAUACAGAAACUCUUGCAUCAGGGUGAGGAGCCUUUAUUCUGUUGAGUACUGCAUUCUCUCAGGGGUUAACCACCACAUGCUAGGGGUAGUUUGGGCUUGAGCCAGAAGUGGGCAGAGUCAGACCUGAAAUGAGUGAACCUCUCCCUUUCUCUCUCUCUGCCACCUUUUCUUUUGGUUUCUGCCCCCCUUCUCGCAAUCCCUUUCCCUCUUGCUACCCGCCAAGACUUAAGCAGAGGGCCACAUCCCUGUAGAAAUCGCUGGGGACAGAAGUCUCCUAAAGGCAAA